GACCGAAAAACUACAACGAAGUGUAUACAAGAAAUACGCAACAAGAUUGACCAUAACUAAGCAUUUAGUAUAUCUGGACAAAAUGAUAAACGAAUACGAACUCGACCUAACUAACCUAGUUGAUGCAAUACUCUUCGCCAAAGAAGGCAUCGUACACCCUAAGAUACUAACCCCCGAACAAAUUAUGUCCAGUAUCCAACACGUUCAAUCCCUAGAACCACGACUAAUAUUCCCGACUCCCCUAAAAACUAUCUACGCAGAAGACCUCGUCAGACUAUCAAAAGUGGAAAUAGCAUUCAGUGAACCAAACCUAAUUUACGUCAUAGCUAUACCCUUACUGAACGACGAAACAUUCAAUCUAUUUCACCUAUUACCUGUCCCAGUGAAACAGAACUACGACAACACUUCUGACAAAUUUGCGUACAUCAUCCCAAACCAUGAGUACAUCGCAAUUUCUUUAGAUAGAUCUACAUACUUCGAAUUAUCGGAACAAAGCUUACAACGAUGUAAGAAAUCUCAAAACCAUUAUAUUUGCAACAGACACCAACCACUGUUCCAUAGCGCGAAUCACAGAUCCUGCGAAAUAGACCUUUUCCUAGAAAACUCAAUUCAUGAUCUGAGUAAGUGUAACGUAAGGUUGAACGCAUUUGAUGGAUCGUAUUGGACAGACCUGAUAAGUCCCAACACCUGGAUCUACUCGGUAUCAGCACCCGAGACCGUACACAUAGUAUGCCCUAAGAAUAACGUAAUACGACUCGAGUUGAUAAACUCUGGCACACUAACACUCAACAACCAAUGCACUGGUCACUCAAAAACAGUGACACUCACCACAUCAAAUGCAAUCUCGACAUCAACAACGACCCGAUCAUACACUCCGGAUUUUACCUUAAAUUUAACCAACAUCUACCAAGAUUUCACGGAAGGGACGAGCAUCAAUUUCUCCGCCUUACCAAUUUUUCACAUGUACAAACCAAUCCAUUUAGACGCGCGCGAUUUGGCCACAAAUGGCGUAGCACUCGAUGACAUCAUAAAACAAGCGAAAGAAAUUAGCACUCACCGACGAGCCGAACAACGGUCCUCUGACAUAAUAAGCGACGGGCUUACAUAUGGCGGUAUCGCUUUAGCGAUAAUCGGGUUUAUGUUCCUGGCCUACCGAUUCUCUCUAUUCAGUAAAAUUCUCAAACUUUGCAUCUGCAACCGUAACAGAAACACGCGACACAACGCGAAACCUAUCGAACUUGGCAAACCUAUUGAAAUUGAAUUACAGACACCGGUGGCCGACCCGAAUCCACAAAUCUUACACAGCCGCCAGCUCGCCUUACCACCCCCAAUACCUCGGCAAUCUCCGAAACUAGAGACCAUCUCUCGAAUAAAACAAUACUAUUGAGUUGAGCCGCGAUGCGAGUUGAGCAGCAGAUAUUGUUAUUACGUGGUCAACAAGACAAAACCUCUAACCAUACGUUAGAAAUAAAGAUAGAAUAGUACACUAUACAAGCUUAAGAAAACCACUUUUAUACACAUAUUCACCAUAGAAUGGAAAAAUACGAUCUAAUGUAUGGAUAUGUACUAGAUUUAAGACAGCACAAGAAGAUUAAGAAUAUAAACCUAGCACAUAAGGACACAAUACCAGAACACACACACAUAUACAGCAUAUGUAAUCAGACCCAAUAAAACUUAUUGAAAAGGGUUCACCCAAUACACAAAAACACCCACACAAACACGAUGCACGAUGUUCUGUAAACUAGCUACUAAGUAUCAAUAUGUAAAAAAAAAAAAAACCAAUUGUCAACAACCUUUAACCUUAUCGACAUAUCCUCGUAACGAUAUGCCUCCUCUAACAGGGGGGGUGUUACGUCCAGACCCUGUCCUCUACAACGCUUUCCUAUCUCCCUCGCAACCUGACCGCUAGUCCCUCUGACUCCUAUUACCACUUUAUUCCCACGUUAAACUGCAGCGUAAGGCGCAAUUGCCCCUACCCCGGGACGUCCAUCCUCCAGGAGUCUCACCAUGAUGCUAACACUCUCGACUCCUCUUCCAGACUAGCAAGAUCUGA